AUGACGACCACCACGAAAACCGUCGGCUAUACAACCCUUACCAAGAUCUUAGAGUUCCUUUACAAACUUCUCACAUCUCCUGAAUACCUCUUUCAAGAGGAAUCCAUCGCUCAACGAAGUUCAUGGGGCGAAAACCUGACUUACUACACCGACAUCGGUUACUUCAGUGGCAUAGUAGUUGGCAUCGGGAAGGGUUUAGUAGAGGGCGUGAAGGCUUCUGAGGCUAGAGACACCAUGAAACUUAGGGUUAAUCAGAAUGAAAUUCGUGGUGAUUUGGGUGUUGUGGAGGAGUUACCGGUGGUGGCAAGUGAAGUUGAAGCAUCUAAGGAUAAUAGUGAACUGAAAGUUGAGCCAGUGAUGAAGGAGGCCGACGGUUGGACUUUAAAUGUUAAUAUUAAAGUGGAAAAGGAUCCAACUCUCAGUGCAACAGCGGGAUUGAAGACGAACAUAAGCUCUUAUUUGAAUGUUGAGAUCGGUCCUAGUGUAUAUUCUGAUGAAAAACCACCAUUUGUGGUGAAACUUGAUGGAUCUCUUCCUUUCUACAUGCUCGAUGCAUAUGAGGAGUUUUUUUGGCUCUAA